GUCCGCCCCCCAAGCUCAGUAUUCUGGCAGUGAACAGUGUCGGUAUGUUGAGUAUCAGGUGUUCGGUUAACGUUCCGCUGCUUCUUCUUCUGGGCUUUUUACUAGCAGCAAAGCCAAGCGUAUUCGGGUCAUCAGACUCUUGUCUCUCUUACCAGUAUCAAUGUGCAGAUGGAGAGUGCAUCCCAGGGAUUUGGAAAUGUGAUGGUGAUCGUGACUGUCCAAAUGGAGAGGACGAAGCGGCAUGUUCAGAAGUAGUACCAUGUGCUGGAUUUAGAUGUUCAGAUGGACGGUGUGUGUCUAUAGCCUGGAGGUGUGAUGGGUAUUCUGACUGCACCGACAGCUCUGAUGAAGAUCCAUUGAUAUGUGGCAAUAUUACUUGCCCCUCUGACAAAUUCAGGUGCCACAAUGGGGGAUGCGUGUCUGCUAAGCUGGUUUGCAAUGGCCAGAAUGACUGCACAGAUCAUAGUGAUGAAGCUGGGUGUCCGGUUAAGCAGUGCCCCUCUGAUCAGUUCCUCUGUGGCUCAGCCUGUAUGUCUGCCAGUGUCAUCUGUAAUGGGGAAAUGGACUGCCCAGGGGGAGAAGAUGAAUCGGAGGAGAGAUGCAAACUUGGAUCCAGCCCACAAUGCUCAGAAGCAGAGUUCAGCUGUGACGAGGAGUGUGUGCCACUUACCUGGAGGUGUGACGGACACACAGACUGUGAGGAUGAGACUGAUGAGCAGGACUGUGUUUCAGAGCCACUUCUGCUCGUAUUUAACAGCAAGAGAAUUCUUAAACUGGACCUUACUGGUGAGAACAGGGAAAAUGUGGAGCUUGCACUGGGUAAAAUAUCAGCCAUAACUGGCGAUUUAGGAUCAUCAGACAUUUUUUGGAUGGACGGAGAACGGAGGAGUAUAUAUAGGAAACCCUUUGAUAAAGAGUCAAACAGAAGAGAGAUUGUCAACCAUUUAGGCAACGUGACGAGCCUCUCUAUAGACUGGAUUUACAAACUUAUCUACUGGAUAGAUUCUGAAUCUAGGACAGUGUAUGUGUCUUCUCUUGAUGGAUCUAAAAGACGAGUACUUUAUAAGGAUAGGAUUUCAUCGCCUACUGCUUUGGCUGUGGAUCCUCUGACUGGGUUCAUUUUUUGGUCUGAUAUGGGUGAAGAUGCUAAAAUAGAGAAAGCUGCUAUGAAUGGUAACACCAGAAUUUCAUUGGUUACUUUGGAUAUUUAUACACCUGUAGCACUUACUCUGGACAUUAAACGCAGUUUUGUGUACUGGAUGGACUCUGAACUGAAUAGUAUAUCAAGAAUUUCAAUGGAUGGCCUGCACCGCAAAAAAGUAAUUCAUUCAGAACUUUUUUUGGCGAAACCAUCAGGCAUUGCAGUGUUUGAGGACAGGAUAUUUUGGUCAGAUAUGAAACGGGAAGCUAUCUACAGCAUGUCCAGAAGGUUGCAUGCUAAUGUAACCAAAGUUACCUCUAUGAAUGACCCUGCUGGGCUUAUUAUUUUGGCCAGAGAAGUGCAAGCUGAUAGUGUAAAUCUUUGCUUGGAGCUGAUGGCGGAUUGUCCCUUCCUGUGUGUCCCCUCUCCUUUACACCCUGAGCACUUCCAAGCUUUCUCCUGUUUAAGUUCUGAUAGCUCGGUGCCUGACCAUGUGCUAAGGAAGCCACUGCUAGAGAAUUCCACAAGUGCUGAACAGACUGAAGUGUCUUACAAAGGGAGUUUUAUUGCUGUGUUGGAGAAUUCCACAAGUGCUGAACAGACUGAAGUGUCUUACAAAGGGAGUUUGAUUGCUGUCUUGGUUGUUUUAAGCUUUUCUCUGGUUUUUGGCACCAUUGUCUGGUGUCAGGCAAAGAAUUUCCUCAACAAAUGCUUCUUUGAAAAAUCUAAACAAUAUCUGAAACCAGAUAGAGAACGAUUUUCCUCCACUGCCUACAUGUUGACAGACCUGAAGACAGAAGAGGAGUAUGCUUAAAGUUACUUUGAAAUCUAUGAGAGGUGUUGAACCUGCUCUAGUCAUCUGUUAUCACUACUUGUUGCUGUUUUUUUCCUUGAUAAUCUAGUUUUCAAUAUCCUUGACUACCUCUCUACCAGGAAAAGACAUGUCUUCCUUUACAAAUUUGGAGUCCGUGUCUUAAAUGGCCAUAAUACCCAAAUGUUUAAACACUUGAAAGUGAUGCAGCAUAGCUGUAAAAAGCUG